CACAGCCGCCACACCUCCAUGUCGAGUGCACGAGCAUUACUGAAGGCGAAAAGACAAGAGGCUCGUGUCUCCCACCCACUUGCAUCAUAUAACGCGUCUGGUCAACUGAGGUGCAUUGCAUGUGGUAGCAUCGUCAAAUACGCGUCGGCUUGGGAUGGCCACAUUGGGAGCAAGGCGCACCGGACGAAUGUCGCAAAGCUCAAGGAAGCAGAGAGGUUGAAGGAAGAGCAGAGACUGCGGGAAGAAGAAGAGAAAGCACGAGGGAAGCGGAAGGCGGAGGAUGACGAGAACGGCGAAGAAAAUGGUACGGAGACGAAGAAGAGGAGGGUGAACGAGGACGGAGACGAGGAGAUGGGCUCCCCACCGGCGACGGAGAGCAAACCGUCCAAGAACGGCUUCCCCGCUGAUUUCUUCUCCGAUCCGUCACAAGCACCUGCUCUCGGCGGGCACGACGAGGACGAGGAUGAGCAGCCGGCCGCCCCGCCCCAGCCGCAGAAUCCUAUCGACCUGGAGUGGGAGGCGUUCCAGAAGACUGUUCUGGCUGCUCCGGACCCUCAGGCUGACCUGCGGGAACGCUUCGAGAAUGCGACGAUUGUGGCAGAACCGGAGCCUGCGUCCGAUAUCCCUGAGGGCUUCCCGCCGCUCGCUGGCCAGGAACCCGCGGGUGCGGCUGUGGUGACGGAGGCGCUGGACGAAGAGGCUAUACGGAAACGAAAGGAGAUUGAGGAUAGGGAGUUGAUCAUGGAUCGCUUGUUAGAUGAGGAGAGGGCGCAAGAGGAGGCGGAUGAGAAGGUGAAUGCGUUGAAAGCGCGUUUGGAUGCAAUCAAGAAGAGGAGGGAGGCCGCGAAAGCCGCUAAAGCAAAGACCGGAUAGCAGGCGCAGAAAAGUAAUGGCUGGGCAUUUCCUUACUUCACGUGUAAAUAAUCUAGGACACGGACGACUAAUACUUCACUGUACAUUCGCUGCAGACUCCGAGCUAAUGACCUUGGUCUGUUCCGCAUCUUCCUUCUUCACAAAACCCAACCACUCGCCCCAAUUCAUGCCCUGCUUGUGUACCAUCAUCAACCCCAGGAUUGCAGGUAAAUACCAGAGACAAUGAUGCCACAGCGCCCUCGCCUGCUUGUCGCUAGUGUGUCUCCAGAAAUUCCAUGCCGCGCGCACGCAGAUAAGGUUAGGCACAAGACUGGUAAGGGCGAAUGCCCAUGUCGUAAGGCCAGAGAGCGGCGUAAGGACAGAGCAGACACCAGUAAGCAGAAGGGUGUAGCGGAGCGCAACAGCGGCAUUCCUACGCGGGUCGGUGACGCAUAGCAUCUGGUACCCCGCUUUGGCGUACGAGUCGCGCAUGAGGUGCGAGAGGGGGUUGAAGUGGGGGAAUUGCCAGCAGAAGAGGAGCAUGAAGAGGGAGAGGGCGGAGAGCGGGUUGUCGACUAGUGCGAUGUCAAGGGUGGCGGGGUCGAUGGGGGACAGGAAUGAGGGGAGAAAUGGAGUCAUGGGUGAGUCGAAGGAGGGAAGCCACUGACCGCCACACGCCGUCCAGCCCAUGAGAGGCGGG